UCAACUUUUCUCCCAAGAUCUCUCUCCUUCCUUCACUCUAUACAUACUCUUCAAUCCUUUUACAAUCUUCUUCACAACUCUCUCUUCUUUGACCCACAAAAGGGUUUUUUCUUCAUCAGCAUCAUCACAUUCUCUACAUACCGAAAGUUUCAACCUCUUCCUAUUCGCUCUUUAUUUUAUAUAGAUAGUAAAAAAAAUCUUGAUUGUAGUAAUGGCUGAGUUAAAGAGUAAGUUAAAUAAAGGUCACGCUUUUACAAGCAAAUGUGCUUCCUUGGUGAAGGAGCAACGUGCUCGUCUCUAUAUUCUUCGUCGUUGCGCUACAAUGCUCUGCUGCUGGUACAUCCAAGGCGAUGAGUAAUAAUGAGAUGAAUCUUUUCCUUGAUUAUAUCAUCCUAAUGGCUAUAUAUAUAUAUCUACAUGUCGCUAAUCGCUAGUUCUUGAAGCUCCAUAGACACUGAAGCUCUCCUUUGGCUGUUUUGGCAUCUCCUACAAGAAACUUUAUUUCUCUCUUUCUCAUCUGUUCUGAUGCUAAAUCCUUUUACACUCAACACAUUUUUUAACCUGAAAGAUCAAACUUUUAGGUUUUAUUUUUUGGUUUGCUUCAUGGGUGAAAGAGAGAGAGAGAGAGAGAUAGCAAGAGAUUUUAACCGCCAUUCAAGCAUACUAGAGAUGCUGAUAUUAUGUAAGAAACUGAAUAUCUUUGAAGUCCUUUGGUUGGUUUCACUUUGACAGGAGAAGACUGUUUUGGUUUCAUCAGUGGCAUAUCUU